AUGAAACUUAAUUCAACUAAACCUUUACCUUAUGAUAAUUCAAAUAAUCAAAUAUAUAAUAAUCCAUUUAUAACAACUUCAACUCGUAAUGAUGAUGAAAUAAAUAACCCACCAAAUAAGAGAAGUAAAUUCUGUACCAGCACUACCACUACUUCAUUAGCUUCAUUAUUUAAUAAACAAAACAGGCAUAAAUUGAGAAGAAGAAUUAAUUCAAUAAGUACCAAUUUAUCAUAUUAUAAAUUUCCAAAACAAGAUGAAUUUAAUUUCAAUUCACAACCAAAUUUUGCUUCAAGCUCUACUCGAAGUUCUACCCCAAGCUCCAAUUCAAACUCAGAUUUGGAAAGCUUACCAGAUUUAACAGAUGAUGAUGAAUUAACCCCUGAAAAUACUCCAAUUAAAAAGUUGCCAACUAUAAAUUUUCAAUAUUUAGAACUACCAACAUUAAAACCACCAAAAUUCCAACUUCAUAAACCAAGACAAAGAGAGAUUAGCUCAAAAAUAUCGAUAUUCGAGGUUCCUGAAAUUUUACAUAAGAUAAUUUCAUUUGUAGAUGAACAAAAUUCAAACUUACCAACUGAAUCAACUCCAAUUAGAAGAAAACCAUUAAACUAUAAUCAUGCAAUGUUGAUACAUGGAGAUGCCGAAAUAGCACAAAGAGCAACUGAAGAAAUACAAGAACAAUUACAACCAGUAUAUUCUAAUCCUUUGUUUAAUUGUCUAUUAGUCAAUAAAUUAUUUUUCAAAAUUACUUCAGAUAUCAUAUCAAAAAAAUUCUAUUUUAGCAAUGAAGAGAAUUUAGUCAAAUUUAUAAAUUACCAAGGUCCGAAAACUACUUCAUUCCAACCAAAGAUUUUCAUAUUACAUAAACUAUUUCAAACACGACAAUAUUUAUUUGAUAAAUGUAUUCAUUAUAUUUCGUUUAAACAAUUGGAAUGGUUUGAGUUGUACAUGUGUCCCAAGUUAUUUCCAUCAAUUGAGAUUUUUAAACAAGCUGGCUCAAAUUUGAAAAAGUUGAUUAUUACUGGCUCGAAAACCAUUGAUGAUAAUUUCCUAAUUUCAAUUUCAUUACAUUGCAAAAAUAUUGAAGUUUUGGAUUUGCGAGCUUGUGAAUACAUAUCUGAUUUUUCAAUAUACCAAAUCUCAAAACAUUUGAAAAAUUUAAAAAUUAUAAAUUUUGGAAGGAAGAAUAAAGGACAUUUAAUUUCAGAUGCUUCUAUUAUCAAAUUGAUAAAUUGUUGUAAGGGAUUAAAUACUAUUGGAUUGGCUGGGUGUAACGUUACCGAUAAAACUGUAUUUGAAAUAGCGAUAAAAUUACCAGAUAUUGAAAGACUAUCAUUGAAUAAUUGUCCACGAUUAACUGAUCAUUGUUUAUCAAUUUUCACUAAUCCAAACACUAUACACUGUUUUUUAAAAUUAAAGGUUUUGGAAUUUAGAUAUAAUUCACAGUUGGACAAUUUGCAGCAUUUGAUUGAAUUUAAAAAACGACAGGAAUAUAAAAAUAAAAUAUAUCUAUUGAUUGAAUUAUGUGAAGAUUUGAUGGCGAAAUAUAGAGCACAAGAACAAGAACUAGAUAAUAUUAUAUCAAUGAAAAUUUUUAAUGAUAUCAUGGUUUAUAUUAAUGAUGAUAAUGAUGGAGAUUCGAAUUAUAUUGAUUUAUUGAAUAGAUAA